UUCAAACACAAAAAAACAAUUACAGAGAGACAGAGAGAGAUUAGUAAUAAUGGCUAUAGGAGAUGAUGAUCUGGAAAUGUCGGCGAAGAAUCAGCGAGGGAUCGGAAGCAAAGGAGUUGAUCGGAGCAGAUUCGGACCACCACCUAGACCUGCACCGUUGGUUUACUCUGAUCUAAGCGGCCGCGAUGACAACGACGCCUUGUCGUCUCCUUGGACAUCGUGGCUUGUUCCCUUGUUCGUUGCGGUUAACGUGAUACUCUUCGUCGUUACGAUGUUUGUCAACAACUGUCCUUCCCAUUCUCAUGGUCCUAACCGUCACUGUGUCGCUACUUUCCUUGGUAGACUCUCCUUUGAGCCUCUCCGCAACAAUCCUCUCUUCGGCCCUUCUUCUCGCACGUUGGAGAAGUUGGGAUCACUAGAGUGGUACAAAGUUGUGGAGAAGCAUGAAGCGUGGCGUCUUUUGACAUGUAUAUGGUUACAUGCUGGUGUGAUUCAUCUUGCUGCUAAUAUGUUAAGUCUUGUGUUCAUUGGUAUACGACUUGAGCAGCAAUUUGGUUUCGUUAGGAUUGGAGUUAUAUACUUGUUAUCAGGAUUGGGAGGAAGUAUAUUGUCUUCUCUGUUUAUUAGAAAUAGUAUCUCUGUUGGAGCUUCUGGUGCUCUUUUUGGACUUCUUGGUUCAAUGCUUUCUGAACUUCUCACCAAUUGGACUAUUUACUCUAACAAGGUUGCGGCAUUGUUGACGCUUUUGUUUGUCAUUGCGAUAAACUUGGCCAUUGGGAUUCUACCUCACGUUGAUAACUUUGCUCACGUCGGUGGAUUUCUAACGGGGUUUUUCCUUGGGUUCGUUCUCCUGGCUCGUCCUCAGAUCAAGUGGUUAGCUAGAGAGAAUAUGCCACAAGGCAGACGUCUCACAUCCAAGUACAAGCCUUACCAGUACAUAUUGUGGCUUUUGUCUCUGGCUCUAUUGAUCGCCGGGUUCGUGAUGGCGCUGGUGAUGCUAUUCAAAGGAGAAGACGGGAAUGAUCACUGCCGCUGGUGUCGCUACCUGCGUUGUAUUCCCACCUCACGAUGGAGUUGUGAUGACGUUUGAUAUGUAAGCAACAUGUGUUUUACAUUUGUAAAUGAAUGUCAUUACAUUAUAUAGGUACUUUUAUUAUCUCCUUUACUAGAGGUUGUGUGAUUGUUGUGUGUGUGUGUUACUUGUAUCAUUUUACCGGAAAUGAAAAGGAUAAAUCAUUUGUUUAGUAUAGAAAGAGUUAUAUGAUAUCUCAA